ACUGCAGAGCAUCCAUUGAUGAGACACUGAUGCAAUGCUACAUUUCUACAAACCUGAUGAUGACACAAACUCAUCCUGAUCUCCGAUGAACUGAAGCUGAGAGCAUUUUCAGCACAUUUUCAUUUUUGUGUGAACUAUUCUUUAAGGUUGAUAACUUCUCUCAGAGCUUGUUUUAUUACUGAAUGAUAGACUCAAUCUUUAUAGUACGUACUUGACUCUUUCACGAACUCGGCAAUAAAAGACGUGAUAGUGAAUGUAUGAGGAGAUAAAAGACUACGACCAGCAACUCAAUCAAACAUUCACAUGAAUCACAUAAAACUCAGCCAGUUAAAGUCUGCGUCCCUCCCUCCGGCUUCAUUAGAAAACUCCCACCUCCCACAAGUUCAGCUCCCUGGACUUUGAAAUGUUCCCAGACUCUCCUGGGAUUUGUGUGUUUCAGACGGCAGACGGAGAUCGAGUUGAAGGACAUCACCAUCAUGAGUAAGGAAGCCCGUCCAUCCUGGGACAGUCCCAUGCAGUUUGUCCUGGCGUGUGUGUCCUAUGCUGUGGGACUCGGGAACGUCUGGCGUUUUCCGUAUCUGUGCCAAAUGCAUGGAGGAGGUGGUUUUCUGAUCCCGUAUCUGCUGAUGCUGUUUCUGGAGGGGAUUCCUCUCUUCUGUAUGGAGCUGGCCAUCGGUCAGAAGAUGCGUUUGGGCAGCAUCGGCGCGUGGAUGGCCAUCAGCCCGUAUCUGGGGGGACUGGGUAUUGCCAGUGUUGUGACCUCCAUGUAUCUAUGUCUGUACUACAACGUCAUCAACGCCUGGAGCUUCUGGUAUCUCUUCCAUUCAUUUCAGUCGGUGCUGCCGUGGGCCGAGUGUCCCGUCAAUGCGAACCGCACCGGGUAUCUGGAGGAGUGUGAGGUGGCUUCAUCCACUCAGUACUUCUUCUACCGCGAGACGCUGAACAUCUCGUCGUCCAUCGAUGACAACGGAGGUCUUCACAUGGGUCAGGCUCUGUGUCUGCUGCUGGCCUGGAUCAUCGUCUACCUCUUCAUCGUCAGAGGCGUCAAAUCCACCGGCGUGGUGGUUUAUUUCACAGCUACGUUUCCGUACGUGGUUCUGUUCAUCUAUCUGAUCCGCGGAGUCACUCUUCAUGGAGCCUGGAACGGAGUCAAGUACAUGUUCACACCUAAACUGGAGCAGCUGGCAAAUCCUCAGACGUGGAUCAACGCUGCGACUCAGAUCUUCUUCUCUCUGGGUCUGGGCUUCGGCUCUUUGAUCGCUUUCUCCAGUUACAACCAUCACAACAACAACUUCGAGAAGCAGGCGGUCGUCGUCUCGCUCAUCAACAGCGGCACGUCUGUGUUCGCCAGCGUCGUCACCUUCUCCAUCUACGGCUUCAAGGCCACGUUCAACUACGAGAGCUGUUUGGAAAGGAUGAGGCUGCUGUGUCUCAAUGCGUUCGAUCUGUCGGAGGAGAGCAUCAGCGCUGAGAACGUCACGGCGUGGAUCAGUCAUCUCAACAUCACUCAUCCAGAGAGCUUUGCAGCCAUCUCUUCAAAGAUCGAGCACUGCAGUCUGGAGGCUGAGCUGGACACGGCGGUGGAGGGCACGGGUCUGGCGUUUAUCGUGUACAGUGAGGCCAUCAAGAACAUGCCGCUGUCUCAGCUCUGGUCUGUGCUGUACUUCAUCAUGCUGCUGCUCUUAGGGAUGGGGAGCAUGCUGGGAAACGUCACGGCCAUCAUCACCCCGCUGGCAGACAUCAAGCUCCUGUCACACUACCUCAGCAGCGAGAGCAUCAACGGUCUGGUUUGUCUUCUCUGUUUGCUGCUGGGUUUGGGGUUCACCAGCCGCUCGGGAAACUACUGGUUCACCAUCUUCAACGAAUACGCGGCUACACUGUCGCUGCUCUUCAUCGUCUUCAUCGAAGUCAUCAGUGUGUGUUACGUCUACGGACUCAGAAGGUUUGAGCGGGACAUCGAGGACAUGUUGGGUCAUCGGCCGAACUGGUAUUGGAAGGUGAUGUGGGCAGUGGUCAGUCCUCUACUCCUCUUCAGUCUCUUCAUCUUCUACAUCAUUAACUACAUCCAGGGCGGCACACCGACGUACCAGGCCUGGGACAAAGAUCUGGGCCGGUCGGUGGUGAAGGAGUACCCGGUGUACGGUCAGGUCUUCAUCGCUCUGCUGCUGCUGUCAGCGCUCAGCUGUGUGCCGCUCGCAGCUCUUCACUCCGUCUGCAGGAGAACACAGCGAGGAACGCCGAUCCGUCAGCACCGCCACGCUUGACAGACACACACACUCACACACAGACACACACACACACACACACACACACAGACACAGACACAGACACAGACACAGACACGCACACUCACAGACACACACACACACACACACACAGACACACACACACACA